UUGUGUUCACAGGGGGGUGAUAUGUAUGAUGACUCAGAUGGCUAUAUUGAUGAUGAUUUAUUGGAAAUAAAAGAUGAACCUCUAGAUGUGGAUGACUGGGGUGAAGAUGAUGAUGAUGAGAUGGACGUAGAUGACAAUGAUGGGGGUGAAAUGGGAGGUGAAUCCCUCCAUGUUGAUGAAGAUUCCACUGACCUGCCAAGAGAAACGUCCAAUUUUAAUCAGUCUCAGUCAUUGUAUCUUUCGGAGAAGCAGGCCAAAAAAAGUAUCAUGCUGAAGGAUGGGCAGGUGGUCCAAAGAAAGAAAGCUCAGCGUAAAGAUAAAGGAAAAUCUCGAUUUACUGCUUACAUGCUUUGGGCAAGAGAAGUUCGACCUGGUAUAAUACAAGCUAAUCCUCAAAUGGAUUUUUCUGCUGUGAAUAAAAGGUUGGGAGAACUUUGGGCUCUGGUUCCUACGUCACAAAAAUAUAAUUGGAAAAGACGAGCCAAAAGACUUGCAGCUAAGGGCAACCAGAAAGGUUCUAUGAUUAGCACUGGGAAAGCUGCAAAACAACCAGGAAACAUAGCACGCAGCAACUUGAUCAAUAAGGGAGGUGUUAAGCCACAGCAAGCUAUUCGUUCUUCAAAGCCUGCUGAAACAAGCCAGGCCAUAGCAGUACCACCAACCAAAACACCAGUUUCUACUUCUAAAAGUAACCGAAACACAACAAGUUCAACUGCUGAUCCUAGUCCACCAAUCACAUAUAAAGUCACAGGGAGAACACCUAUAGAUGUUGCUGCCCACAUAAAGCUGCUUGGAGAGUCUCUCAACAACAUUGGUCAAAAGCUUAAAGAACAUGAGGCUGAUAACUUAGAAUCACAAAGAUCCAGAAGUGGUCGUGUUGUAAGGAAACCUCUAUAUCUUCAGGAUUAUUUGUGAUAAAUUUAAAGAGCC